AUGGAGUCUCCACGGAAAUUCAACGAUUGUUAUUUUUACUACUACUCCACAUGCACGAAGGGGGACAACUGUGUGUUCCGUCACGAACCAUCGGCACUAGGAUGCGAAACAAUGUGUACAGCUUGGCAGCAGGGCAAGUGUCUUGAUAAACGCUGCAAAUUACGUCACAUGGAACUGAGGAAAAACCGCAAGCAGAUCCCAUGCUAUUGGGAGAACCAGCCUGGCGGGUGUCGUAAGAUGCACUGUCCAUUCAUGCACAAGAACCCGGAUGCGCGCACCGACGGUAUCGCGCCUAGCCAGCCGGCGCCGCCUCCCCCCGUGAGACAACACAUACAUUACACGCCAUACACGCAGGUGCCGACGUCGGUGAACGUACCGGAGCCCGUGUCCGCGGAGCAGCCCCCGAUGGGAGGCGUCGCCGCCCCCGUGCCCGCGCCCGCACCCGUGCCACUGCUGUGGCAGCAACAGCGCCAAGUGGUUCCCCCAGCAGUGGUGCUGGACUCCGCGAUCCUGGGCGUGCUGCCGGCGUCCAGCGAGCUGCUGAGCGGGCGCCGAGUGCUGCCGCCGCACGCGCACGAGCAGCCCGCCAACCCGUACGCGCCCAUGCCUGUCGACCCCCUCGUUGUGAACUUCGAAGAAGGUAUGCGCCUAUACUGA